GUUGACCUCUCCACACAUCACAAUUUCAUCAAAGGAGAAAGCUGCACUUCUUUGUAUCAGGAACCAAAGAUUCAAAAUUUUGAGAUUCAGACCGUAAUCUUCAAAAUGCACAGCAAAGAUCAAAUCUGCCAUGAGGAUUACCAAAAGACCGCAGACUGGCUCCUGGCUCACACUCAGCACCGACCCAAAGUGGCCAUCAUAUGCGGCUCGGGACUGGGCAUGCUUGCGGAAGCCCUGAAGUCCCAGAACUCCUUCCAGUAUUCCGACAUUCCAGGCUUCCCACAGAGCACGGUGCAGGGACAUGCUGGCAGACUGGUGUUCGGGGAACUCAAAGGGAAGAUCUGUGUGUGCAUGCAGGGGCGAUUCCACAUGUAUGAGGGACACUCGCUGUGCAAGGUCACCUUUCCGGUGCGGGUUUUCAAGCUGCUGGGGGUGGAGACCCUCAUUGUCACGAAUGCUGCGGGCUCCCUGGCCGACAGCUUCUGCAAUGGCGACAUCAUGAUAAUCCGGGACCACAUCAACAUACCGGGCCUGGCCGGACUCAACCCUCUGAACGGGCCCAAUGAUGACAAUUUUGGCCCGCGCUUCCCCCCCAUGUCUGGUGUCUAUGACAAAGACCUGCGGCGGCUUGCCAAGGACAUCGCCAAGAGCCUGGGCUACUCCCACUUCGUACAGGAGGGUGUGUACUGCAUGGUGGGCGGGCCUAACUUCGAGACCAUCGCUGAGGCACGCCUCCUACACAAACUGGGGGUGGAUGCUGUAGGUAUGAGCACAGCCCCAGAGGUGCUAGUCGCCAGCCACUGUGGCAUGAAAGUGUUCGGCCUCUCCCUCAUCACCAACAAGGUAGUGAAGGCCUAUGAGGACACAGAAAGGGUCAACCAUGAGGGGGUUCUGGGGGUCAGCAAGAUGAGGUCGGAAUAUCUGCAGACCCUGGUCACAGAGCUGGUGAGCCAGCUGGACAUCAACAACAACACCGCGUAA